CAAAGGGGUGAAUUUCUACGGCCCCAAGAGUGAGUUUGUCGUGAGUGGCAGUGACUGUGGCCAUAUCUUCCUCUGGGAGAAGUCAUCUUGUCAAAUUGUCCAGUUCAUGGAGGGUGACAAAGGGGGAGUGGUGAAUUGUCUUGAGCCACAUCCUCAUCUUCCUGUCCUAGCAACCAGCGGUCUCGACCACGAUGUGAAGAUCUGGGCGCCCACAUCAGAAGCUGUGAACGGAUUGUCCGGGUUAACAGAGGUGAUCAAGAAGAAUAAGCGCGAGAGGGACGAGGAUUGUCUCCGUCACACUGAUCUCUUCGACAGCCACAUGCUCUGGUUUUUGAUGCACCAUCUGAGACAGCGCAGGCACCGCCAGCGGCCGAGGGAUUCUGCAGUUGGACCUGAGGAAGAGUCGGAGGAUAGUACAAGUUCCUCUGAGUCAUCAGAUGAGGAGGGGGACGGUCCUGACCGGGUGCAGUGUAUGCCUUCCUGAGGCGGAAGGUGGCAGGAGGAUGGAGAGGGAGAUACGGAGAUACAGACACACAGACUGAGCACCAGGCGCGUGAACUGACCCUGUCUGACAGCUGCAGCUUGAUCACAGCGUAUGUCUGUUUUGAAACUGUCCUUCACUCUGUGCCAUCACGCUGAUCUGAGGACAAGUCGCUUUGUCUGAGAGCAGCAGGAGGAUUGAAAGGGAUGUACGGAGCAGGGACAAGAAUCUCCUUGUGUGUAACAUGUCUCUCCUCCACCACCACCACCUCCUAAAUCAUGCACUCCAACUCCUUCCUUUAGACUUUGCACUCUCCUUUCUUUGUUUCUUGUUUUCUCUCUGUCUCUCUCUGUCUCCGUCUCUGUCUCUCUCGCUCUGUCUGUCUCUCUCUGUCUCUGUCUCUCUCUCGCGCUCUCUCUCUGUCUGUCUCUCUCUCUCUCUCUCUCUCUCUCUCUCUCUCUCUCU